AUGGCGGAGAUAUAUUUAACCCGAGCCUCUCAACACCUGGAUGACGAUGGUUUUUGUGAAAUGAUGAUUAAAGGCAUCGCUCUGUUCGAGGCUGAGCGAAUUUACAAGUAUGGCAGUUACAGAGAAGACAAAGAAAUCAACACAGCCAUCAUGGAAGCAGAGAUAAAGUUUGUUGAUAGAGUAUUCGGGCCUAGUGGCGCUGAACGCUUUAACGAAAUGAGCGAUAGAAGAAUACUGAAUCGCAAAAAAUUGGAAGAAGUUCGUUUAAAAGUCACAAACGAAUAUCUUCCCACGCUUGCCAAAUUUCCAGACUGGAACUCAGAAGAAGAAGAAAAAAGAUGCCACCAAAUAGAAAGUAUGUAUAAAAAAAUUUACGAUGACAUGAAGUGCUUCCUGGUUGACAUUUUGUUUCAUUGUAGUCAAAUUGCAGGUCCAGCACCCUGCAACUUCUCCAUCAUUGGUCUAGGAUCUACAUCUAGAAAAGAAGUCACUCCCUACUCUGAUUUAGAGUUUUCAAUUCUGGUUGAUGACAACAUCAAAAACCCUUCACCAGAACAACGGCAGUAUUUCCGAUUCCUGACAUAUUUUAUUCAAAUACAAAUUAUCAAAUUAGGGGAAACCAUUUUGCCAAGUGUUGGCAUUUCUAGUUUAAAUGAUUUCUACAGUAAAAAUAAAGAAGAUGAUUGGUUUUGCGAUGAUAUCAUUCCAAAAGGAUUUUCGUUCGACGGUAUGAUGCCGUGGGCGUGCAAGACACCUCUUGGAAGAAAAGAAUGGCGCGGCCUACCUCGACAAGAAUACAUCAUGACUGUUGAUGAAAUGCUGAAGCUUCAAGACAUUAUUCCUGGCUCUUCUAUGGAAAGUCUGAAAACUGCAAAUGUUUUCAGGAGCGUGUGUCACCUUUUUGGCGACGAAAAACUUACGAUGACAUACGAGCAGAAAUUGUUAGCCCAACUCACUCAUACUGACAGAAUGAGAAAUUCACAAAAACAAAUAUUGCAGAUCAUGCAAAGUUUGUUGGAAACCUAUGGCAACGAAGGGAUGACAACCCAACAUUUUGGAACACAGCAAGACGUGAAGAAAGAGGUCUAUAGAUUGACAAGUCUUCUGGUUGAACAAUUAUCAAAAUUAUUUGGAAUUUUCGGGCGAAGUUCGUGGCAAUGUGUACAUGAAAUGAAGAUGAAGAAGAUACUCACUGAAGAUGGGGCUAAAAAUCUACUUGCAGCAUUGAGUAUCACAACAGAGCUUCGAUUAAAGUGUUACCAGAAACAUGGUAGGCAAAAGGAGGCAUUGCCUACAGUUCCACAACUGUCAGUAACAGAAGAGAAAAAUAUUCCAUAUCCCCACUCGACAGCUAUCAUUCGUCUUUAUCAAAGUCUUAUACCGUUAAAAUCGGUCGUACUUCGAAUUUUAGAAGUUUACGGGAAUGAUGAUCUGGAUGAACCAGAAACGUUGGUUCUUGAAGUGCUUCAGCAAGCGAAUUUUGUGGAUAUUUCGCCAUUGACAACAGCUACAGCGUACCUACGUGUCUUACAUCUUCCUAAAGCGUUCGAUUGUUUACUUUCUGCCAAAGAUGGCAAAAUGGAUAAUGCCAGUAGGGUGGAAAUAUUUCUCUUGCUCGCCAAUUGUUACCAAAUGGUUGGCAAGUUUCACGAAGCCAUUGAGUGUUGCCGUGAGGUGGAAAUCCUGUACACAGGGGCACCGGAUGUUGUUGAAAAAAGCAGUUUAUUAGUUGCAUUGAUGCUGAUUAUGGAUAUCUAUACAAAUCAGGGCCUCUUUCGAGAAGCUGUCCAAAUGUACAAACAAAUCGUGGAUUUUCAAGAGAGGCAGGAUUUUCAAGAGCGAGAUGUUUUGAACGAGAGUUUCGUUAAGAAUGAAUUGGAUUUUAUUAACAGCAGCGCUGUUCUUUUUAUGCAUAUGAAGCAGUACAAUAAAGCUGAAAGCAUACUUAGACGUAUCACUCAGAUGCUAAGGAACCUACGGAAGCAUCGUUUUGGUUACUUUAUGUGCUUAAACAACCUUGCUGUCGUUUUACUUAACGCUGACAAGCUUACAGAAGCAAAAACUAUAUUGAACGAUGCUUUAGAGAUUGCCAGUGAUCUCUUUGGGAAAAACGCUGUUCAUCCCUAUUUUGCUCGCUGUUUGACCAACUUUGGUGAAGUUCAUUAUUAUCUCCGGAAUAUUGAAGAAGCAGACCGCUUUUUGCAGUUGGCGCUGAUAAUUUAUUCUCAUGUCCACGAGCACGAGUUGAUCGAGCCGGGUAUUAUCGACGCACUAGUUAUUAAAGCACAAAUAUACCGGUUUUAUGAGCAGUGGGACGAAAUGUUCAAUUCUUUGAAGAAAGCGAACAAAAUUGCUAAGAUUGUGUACAAAGGCAACCCACACUCAACUGCCGCGUCUAUACUUUUUUAUCUUGGCAUGUGUGAACAAGAACGUGGAAAGUUCACGGAAGCCUUAAGCCAUUACCAUGACUAUUUGAAAAUUCACGAAAAUGUAAGAAUGGAAUGUCAACAAAAUGGCCACAAUUGCAACAAAGCCAAUGUUCUUAUACGUAUUGCAAACGUGGGAGCACAUUGUUCUUGUGAUGUUUCGUAUCGUCUGUCAUGCAUCGAAAAAGCGCUCGAGAUAGAAGAAAAACGUCACGGCAAGGAAUCUAAUCACCACCAUUUGGCCAGAUGUUUUGAAACUCUCUGGUAUUUCUUGAUAACGGAAAACCGUGAAUCAAAAGGGUUAGAAUAUCUCGACAAAGCCAUGCAGGUGCUCGAAGAGAUUAACUUGGAUGACGAUAAAUUCUAUGGCAAUGCACACCUAACAGUUGGAGAACUUUUAGGAGAACAGUCCCCCAAUAAAGCUGAAAAGCACUUGAGAACUGCAGAUGCUGUUUUAAAGAAGACCUUGAAAGAUAGUAGUCAUGUCGCGCUACUUCGGAUCAAUUCUUCGCUGCUAAAGAUUUUCCUACAGACAAGCAGAAUCGACGACGGUAUCGAACUUGCCAAACAACAGCGACGCCUGAUCGACACAAUGUUGUCUAAAUCCAGUGUUCCUAACGCUGGACAGCUCUGCCAAGUGUACCAUCUUGCCACGUUUUAUGAAGCCAGUGGACAACGAAACACCGCAAAGAAGAUGUAUGUUGACCUAAUCGCGCGUCUGGAGGAACAGGUCGAUCCGACUGAUUCAAAGAAAGAUUAUUUAAUGCUCCUGCUGUGGAAUGUCCAACAGCGAGUAGUAGGAAUUUUCCGAACUGAUGAAAUGUUCUGUGAUGCAGAAGCCAUGUUACAGCGCAUUGCCUCGUCAGUUAAAAAGACAACUUCACAGCGACAAUUUGCGGUGAAAGCUCGUCAUGGCAUUCUAUGGAAUCUUGCAGCAAUUUUUACGGAAACAGGAAGAUACUCACAAGCAUAUGAACUGCUUGACAGUCUUAUCAACAGUUACGAGAAAGACCCCAAAUCUAUUGAUGCCUAUACUGCUUCUUGUGCUUUUCUUGUACGAGGCGAACUCAAUCGCCGAUGCUUUUAUUUCAACCUUGCAUUGCAAGACGGAGAAAAAGCUUUAAAAAUAGCGCAAACGUUUCGACCAACAGCGAUUCGUAAUGCUUCAUUGACACAAGACAGUGAAAUUUAUUAUGCUAAAAUCAUGAACACUAUUGGAUUAAUUUAUGAGCAAAGCAACAACCUGGAACGUGCCCUCGAAUACUAUCUUUGCUGCAUAAAUACUGUCGCAGGAAUGCCACCGACCGCGCAUGCAGGAACCUUUCACCAAAAUCUGGCGGACACACUGAAAAAGUUAGAACGACUGGACGACGCCAUGGUGCAUUACAAGAAAUCUUUGGAAAUCAGGGAAAUGCUGCAUUCAGAAGAUCCAGUAAGAGAAGAUAUUGCCACCGUGCUUUACCAUAUUGCUCUCGUCCAGUAUACUGACGAAAGGCGCAAGGACGCUUCCGAAACUUUGGAUAAGCUCAUACCCUUAAGAAGAGAACUUCUUAAAAAAGGUGGUUCUUUGCAGAAUUAUUGUGCAGUGUUAGUUCUAAAAGGUAAUUGCCAUAUAUUGGAAACAGGGGAAGCUCAACAAGCAAAAGACGCCUACGAAGAGGCUGAGAAAGCUUUGAAAAUAAUGACGGAAGGGCAGCCAAACUUGGAUUAUGCUUGCGCAUUAAGCAAUUUGGGUGAGUGUAGAAAUAUACAUGAGUUUUAUAUAUUUCUUAUACUCCUUUGAAUAAAUGUACUGAUAUUAAAGUCAAGAAUUUCAGGUAAUCAUUUAAAUAAUUUAAUAACGCAAUGUAUCUGUUCAGGCAAAAACCUGCUUAAUCAACAACAGCGUCGAUUAUUUUAAGGAAAUUUAUGACCGCACAGAGAAUAAAAAGGGAUAACAUUUUGUGCAAUCAUUAUAAAUAGGGAUAAAAUACUGAGUAACAUUGCGAGAUUAAUAAAAUUAAUCAGUAAUACAGCGCCUUUGGAAAUUAGAUGCUGUUCAAAUUUGGGAAUAUUUUCCAUGGCCAGAUGUUAGUUAGCAAAUUUAGGAUAUGGUGAGUUCAGUCUGCAAACUUCCAAUAAGACAAAAUGUUUUAACCAUUAAAUUCCCUUGUUAAUGUGAGUUGAAUUAUUUACGAAGACUUGAUAAUUAACCUACAUCUUUUUCAUGUUUUAAUAAAUUUGAAUCCUAAAUGAGAAUAAUUUCGAUACUUACCUUCAGACCGUUCCAGAAUGUAUUCGUCACUUAGCCUAGGUAGUAGAGCCUCGUUUUUGUAAUUGGGACCCUUGGGUUUAACUAAUGUAACAUUAAGUACACGAAAAUGAAGUUUUUUGCCAAGCUAUAUUGCUUGUGGUGGUGUCUUUUAAUAUAACAGCUAAAAGCCUGAAUCUGUAUUUACAGUAUGAAAAAUAAAUCUAUAUAAUUAAUCUUUAUUAUAAUUAAUAAAUAAUCCAUAUUAUUUUAUAUUCAGCAAGGAAAGCGUGCGGUUGAUGAAUUAAACUGAAUUAGUGAUUGUAUCUAAAUAUGUCCAUCCUAGCAAGGGAGUACAGUUUCUAGAUGGAACCCUGCCAUAUAGUAUAUUUGUGUGAAAUCUUGGAUAAUUAAUAGAAAAAGACUUACACCCAUGCAACAACACAUUUUAAACUGAAGCCAAUAUAACUUUAUCAGAAACCUUUCAUUACUUUUACUAAUUGCAGACUGCAAGCAGGCUAUCGGUUAAAAUCUACUGUAGCUAGCAGCAAAUGUGACGAUGCAAGGAUUAUUUUAAGAUGCAGUCAUAUCCAAUUUAGGCAGUAAUAAUUCAGUGGGACUUGUGCAGCGAUAAAUGAGAUUUUGGCAGUAAUAAAUUUCUCUAUAAUACUGUACUAUUAUACUGUGCAAUUUGUAGCGCGAACCAAGUCAGUUUCUUGCCUAAAGUAUGUGGUCAUGUUUUUGCAUGUUCACGUAUCAGAUAUAUUUAGUAAUUUGGGUCGACCUUCAUGGCACCACACCUGAUAUGGUUAGGUGGUGCACUAAAAAUAAUUUAAUUAUACCUUUCUUUAUUCUUUCUGUGUAGGAUAUGCUUGUUUUAUCUUAAAUCAGUGGGAACAAGCAAUCCCAAAACUGCAACAAGCACUUGAAAUGAAGAGAGUUAUUUAUGAAGAAAAAGCUAAGCCAGAGGCAGAGGUGGCCUUAGCCUGCCACUUGCUUGCUAGUGCGCUCUUUAAACAUCAAGAAUAUGAGAAAGCACUGCAUUACUUCCAAGAAGCGUUGGAAUAUUUUGAAGUUAACCAGUCAGCAGAUGAUGAAACGGAAUGUGUUCUUCACAUUGCUCUAUGUUACGAAGGUUUGAAGAAUCAUGUUAGUGCACUGGAAACCUUCAGAAAAGUCAAAGAGUUGUGUGUCAGAAAAUCAGUUAGCGACAACAUACGGCUGGAUAUUCACAAAACAUUGGCAGACACUUUCACUGAGGAAGAAUACAGAGAUAGAUCUGAGGUAUUGUAUCACCUUAAAGAAGCCGAAGGCAUCUUUAAGCGAAUAAAGCGAUCAGAAACGCAGGAAAAGGCACUAAUUGAAGUGCAAGCAAAGAUCUCGAGCCUGGAAAUUUAA